CGUUGUCGAGAUCCAUACUAAAGCAGUCGCACAGGAAACGCCUGAGCGGGUGGAGGGGACACAUAGGUGCAGAUAGUGCAAUAUUUCAGGAUUCGAUAGCCCUCACGUGUACAGAGCCGAAAUAGUAGAACGAGCUGGGAUUAUUAGGAUUAACCAUGGCACGCUACCAGAAGAAUCGUUCUUCAGCCCGGAAAAUGCAUGACAAAAAGAAAGAAAAAAAAACUGCAGAGGCAACGGAUUCACAGUCGUUAUCUGAAGACAGCGAAGUCAAAGAUGCCAUUACAGCUUCAAAAAUUGUCGACUGCGAAGGAGCCGUGGAGGUUAUUCAUUGGAUCCCAGCGUCGGGUGGAAGCGUCAUUCAAAUCCCUGGUGGACAAGAGUCCGAGCACUUCAGUAUUCAUAUUCACGAGAAUGGCGAUAUUUUGGAGGUACCAGUUUUCGAUACGGAUACGGCUGAAGACUUGACGAUGGCUUCCACAGUUCUGGCUCUGGGGGACAUCGACAAUGAUCUAUCAACUAGCCAAUCUCCUUCUGCCCAAAAAACUCCCUCUGUGGAAACUAAGGAAGGAAGCGUCACCGUGUAUGAAUCCAAUUUCAGGUGUAAGCAAGACAAUGAAUUGGAAUUGCCAGGAAAUUUGGAACUUAGAAAAGAUCUUUUGCUGGAAUCUUCCACUACCUAUCUAGAAAUUGAUGAAGAAAAUGAACUCCUCAAGACCAAAAAUUCCAUAGACAGAGAUGAAUUAGAAAAUUCUUAUGUUGACAAUCCACAUGAUAGUCAGUCGCCUUCCGGCUACGUAACAUUGGCUUCUUGUCAUCUGCCUAGCGUCGUCCAAGAUAUUGACGAACCCCUGGAUGCAUCUGUCGAAACGACCAAUGGUUUAAUGCCGAUUCCAAGCAUGCUCAACUUUAAUCCAUCAUGUUGGAUGCAGAACAGCUACGAGGAAGCUCAAGCGCAUUUGGCUCUUCAAUCUUCCCAUCAGCAGCUUGGCUCACCUUGCCAUUAUCCAAUCAUGUCAACAAAAAACAGCCAUUUGGAGUAUUCACAUCCAUCAUUCAUGAUGAUGGAAGAUCCAUUCAAAUCAUUGCCCGUUCCUGCGGGAUCCAACGCGUUGUACCACCUUGACACCAACAAUAGGCGGAUCUGGGUACCAGAAAGCUCUUCAGCAGCUGGAAGUUAUAUUAUGGAUCGUAGUGGCAGAUCUGGGCACGGUGGACAUCGCUUAGAACAAUUGCAAGAUGGCGGGAUUUUUAUGGCGGCUGACAUUGAAAAUGAGGACCUGCUCCAACAUGCCGUCAGCCUAGAACGAUACCCAAACCCCAAUCGUUGUUGGAGAGGUUCUAACCCGAGCAGAGCCCAGUAUGAAAAAGAUUAUAAAAAAUCCGCAUGCGAUCGAGAACGAACUCGUAUGAGGGACAUGAAUCGAGCAUUUGAUUCUUUACGCGAGAAGUUGCCAUACAUUAAGCCGCCAGGGAAAAAGUUAUCGAAAAUCGAAUCCCUCAGGUUGGCAAUAAAAUACAUACGUCAUUUGCAGUUUUUGCUGGCUUCUCCUCCUGGUAGUACAGUGGAUUUUGAAGCAACAAAUUUUUCUCUGGAUCCAUUGCCGUCUUGGCGUUCCGUGGGAUUGCUGUCCACUUCUUCUGGUGAAGCCUCAACAUCGCUCGACCAUCGACCUACUGCAACCAACAGCUACGGCUUCUCGUCUAUGUUGCUAAGACACAGUCAACAUCAACAAAAGAGCAUGGAUUUGGCUGCUGUGGGAUCGGCGGUCGUUGAUGUUGAAGAUAUCGAUCAACCGUUCCACUCUUCGAACGUAGGGGCUCAUCCGUUUUCUUGCACAUACGAAGAAGCUUCGCCUUUGAAUUGGGUUCAGCCAAAUUAAAUAUCAAGGUGUCCCAUCCCGAAACCAAUCAACGGAAAAUAAAUCCAAGCUGGUAGAUUGGCAACCUUUAAUACUGUCGCUUGAGUUUUCUGAGGGGAGGCAAACCUUAGUGUCCGGUGCAAUCCAAUACACCCAACAAUUUCAGCUACUAAAA